AUGGCCUCUCGCCCCCUCCUCAUAGUCCUCGGCACCACCCUCCUGCUCGCAGGGAGCGCAGCCGCCGCGCCAAUCGACCUCACCAACAUCGGUAACGUCUUCGGCGCCAUCGCCGAGUGGAUCCACUCCCUCCUCUCCCGCCUCCCCACCGACGCCCUCCUCGCCAAGCUCCACGCCUUCCGCGGCACCCUCGCCGCCGCCACGGACCACGUCCCCUGCACGACGGGAAAGGCCAGAUGGGAACCGCCGGAGUCAGACCUGCAACAGGCUGAGGCCAUGUUCCAUGUCACUGUCACGGUCUCUGGCGAACACCAGACAAAGACCAGGAAUCAUGGUCGCACCAUGGUCUCAGCCUGGUCUCCGCCAGGAGACCAGGCUGAGACCAUGCCUGGUGAACGUCCUAUUUCGGCGGUUCCCAUCUGGCCUUUCCCGUCGUGCUGGGACGAGCUCAGGGCCGCGCUCCCCGUGCUCAGCAUCCCACUCCUCGCUCUCGGGGGCCUGGCUGCCAUUGUCUUCCUCGUCGGCUUCACGCCCGUCGGGGUCGUCGCAGGGAGCCUCGCCGCGUCCAUCCAGUCCGUCUUCUACGGCGCCGCGACCGGCGGGCUCUUCUCCGUCUUCCAGGCCCUGGGCACGAUGCUCCACCCCGCUGUGGUCGUGGGGCUCAUCGUUGCGGGCGCUGUGGGGCUGGCGGUGUGGAAGCUCGGGCCGUGA